CUCCCACUUUCAAUGCCUCUCAUAUAUAUAGAUGUAAAACAAUUCAAAGUAAACUAACUUUCAAAACAUGAAACAUCGAUUUUUAUCUAUGAGACAUUGACAAGAGGCAUGUCGAGAACACGAGUACGAGCUGUGACCCAUCAAGAUCUGGUUCCAAACCCUAAAACCACCGAUCUCAGCAGCAAAACCGGUAUUUUCGUCGUGGUUUUGACCAUAAUCUUUGGCCUCUCCUGCUUUGUUCUCUGUCUCUAUGCCGAAGCCACGAGAUCACAGGCUACAUGGGGAAGCAGCACGUGCGUGUACAACGGCAACGGGAAAACGCCGUUAUUGUGCGGUGCGAUUGCGUUCGUAGGACUCGCAGUGGCGAUGGUGGGCUUGCACAUGUACUUACUAAUCGCAGUCACCACAUCGCCACCGCUGGUUCUGGUUACGUGGGAUCCUGACUCAAUUCCUGCGAAGACGCUCACUUUUCAAGCAGCCUUCUUCUUUGUCUCAACGUGGAUUUGCUUUGGUGUUGGGGAGGUUCUACUGUUGGUGGGACUGAGUGUGGAAUCAGGACAUCUAAAGAACUGGUCAAAGCCAAAACCUAGUUGUCUAGUAAUCCGACAAGGCUUGUUCUCUGCCGCAGGAGUGUUAUCGCUUCUAACUGUCUUCCUAGCCACGGGACUUUACCUAACGGCUCUUCAAGCACAUAGAAUCUCAAAAGAUCUUGAAAAUACACAUAGAGAAAUCCUCGAGGCAUCAGUUCUCUAUGCAUCUCCUCCAAGAUCGCCGACGAAUCGGAUGGCUCCCGUAGCUCGAGAAGGUCCUGCUACGGUUAGAGAUGCAUCGACGUCUUUGAGAUAUAUUGAUUCUUCAGAGCAAAAAAAACUUGCAAAUAUAGUAUAGUUUAUAUAGUGUAUAAUGUAUAGUACAUAAGAUUUACUAAUUAACGUUGGUAAAUCAGAAGAGAAAAAGAGCAAAGAUAUUAAUUCUCACACAUUCGAUUAAUACA